CCUGCUGCCUGCACUCACUCACUCACACAGCUGUGUUAAUUAGUAGCUGCUCUGUGCUAUCAUCUCUGCAGAUCGGAAUAAUGGCUUCGCGUAAGGUGCUGCUCAUCACCGCCGCCAUGGCCGCCGUCGUCGUGGGCGCCCUGCUCCCGGCGACCUCUUCGGCGGCGAACUACAUGGUCGGGGACGACUCCGGCUGGGACCUCGACGUGGACUACGACGCCUGGGCCAGCGGCAAGCACUUCAAGGUCGGCGACACGCUCGUCCUGCGUCAUCUGCAAAGCAUGACGUGCGCUCGCGAUUCACCGAUCGAUGGACCGACCGACGCGUACGGGUCGCGACGAUUAUUCUUGGCAGAGUUCCUGUACUCUUCGGAGGCCACCCACAACGUGGUGAUGGUGGACGCGCAGAACUACAAGGCGUGCACCGUGCCGAGCAACGCGCCGACGCUGACCUCCGGGGACGACCGCGUGGCGCUGGACCAGGCCGGGCGGUGGCUCUUCAUCUGCGGCGUCGAAGACCACUGCCAGUCCGGCAUGAAGCUCGCCGUCGACGUCCAGUGA